CAAACUCCAUCAGGAAAGUGCUUUACCGACCGUAAAGAUUAGGUUGAUCCAACUCAAUUAACAAGUCAUAAUCCCGAGGAUUAAAAGCCAUUUGACCCUACAAAAAGCCCAAUCCAGAAAAGGAGAAGGAGCCCAACAUAUUACCAUAAACAUUAGGCGGUGGGCGAGGUGCCUUGUGGCAGACGGCUUAUAACAACAUGUCAGUCCGAGGAAGGGGAAAUUUAGGAAUUCAAAGCUGCAAUAGAAAUCAGCGUCCUUCUUUUGUUUUUCCCCACUCAACCGCUUCUGCAAGAGGCUAAACAUGAGUGUACAAGAAGCUGAUAUGCUAUCUUCCCAACCCAUACCAAAGAGGCAAAAAUUCGAACCUGACAAGCAUCUCUUCGUGUGUUUCCGGCCCGUUGUAUUUCCUCUCAAUCCAAUGUGGUAUGCUGUGAAGUCUGUUUCAUUAUCGCAUUUGUCUGGCGGUUCAUCUGAGCACGACAAUCGGCUCCAUGAUGUGGUUGAAUGGUGUGACACGACCUUACCUCAUGCUAUGGGCUUUUGUUGUGCAGGAGGUAUUCUCUAUGGUGUUGGUGGUGAAAUUUUUGGCGAGGACAGUAUUGACCAAAAUUCUUUGGUCCGAGAGUUGAGGUUCACGCACCUCCCUCUUGGAGGAAAAAGUUAUCUGCAUUCUGGUACAAGAAGCUCAAUGAAAUGGGGGAAGUUUUCUCCCAUUGUAGUAGAAAUUGGUGGUCUUAUCUAUGCCCUCUCUCGGCCCCCAAUCUUAGAUUAUGGACGACGUGAAACAGUCUUUGAGGUUUAUGAUCCUUCAAAAAAUGAAUGGACUGGUCUAGAUGGCCCCCCUUUCUUGAGUCCAUUUACUUUUGGUGCUUUCCCUUAUUCAUACGUGGUUAUUGAUAAGAAAUUAUGUGUUUCAAAUCUGGCUGGCUCGUGUGCUUUUGACACUGAAAAUUGGACAUGGGAAGCUUGCGAUUUAUUUGCUGGUUUCUAUGAUAGUGAUAUUAUGAGCUCUGAAGAAAAGUACUUUUUCAUGGAAAGCCAUGAAGAUUAUAAGUACUAUUUAGGUGGUGAUAUUGGUCAUCCAUUUCCAUUUGUUGAAGAUGCCAUCUUCUACGAGGGUUUCUUGUUGUGCAACGUGCCUGAUUUCAGUCGUCCCUCUGUAGUCGCUUUUGAGAUUGUUCGUGGGAAAGUUGCCAGAAGGCUGACCUUGUUGGACAGCAGCAGCAUACUGCCCCGUGCUAGUUCUCAUUUUGUUGAUCUAGGAGGAGGUGACUUCUGUCUUGUUUCCAAAGCAGAUGAAUGCCCUGAAGAGCUGACAGUUGUCAAGUUUAAGGUUUGGAAAGGUGAAGAUGGAGGCUUGGGAUGUGCAGAUGUGAUGGAAUCCACUCUUAAAUUUAGUGCCCCAGGUCGGUGCUUGACCAUCUAUGCGUUCGCAUUGUGAGACAGAAAAAGUUUCCAAGACUUGGGUGAACCUAUUUAGCUAUACAGUCAUCGCAAUUCAGGUAGACAUUCCUUUAUGCCAAAUGGUUCCUUCUCCUAUUUGUUCUGGAUGUUUCUUCGAGUAAUUUUUACCUUCCUAUAUAUAGAGCAUAUGCAGCUGAAGAUCUUUGGAGCAUUCAUGUCAUGUGCUCUUAAUGUUGAGAUAGGAACAUCUCAGUUUCUGCAAUUUUGUAAACUAGAUGUUGGGAUAGGAACAUCAAUGUCAUAUAUAUAAGUAUUAAUGCGCAUUUUGAUUGAUUGUGCA